CAGGCAGCAUAUAUGAGCAGCAGCCAGUCUUGCAUGGAGGUCAGACAUCUUUCUGUACUGAAGCAGAGUGAUCACAGCUACACAGAAUCCGAUUUUAUUCAAGAUUUAAGAGAAGUAAGAAGGAACUAGAGAACAGAUCUGGUGCUACAGAAAACUGAUAAGAACCAAUCAGAAAUGGAGCAUCUGACAACCGCCCUCGUCAUAGUUCUUCUGUCUAUAACAGCCUCCGCUAAGCCGGUUGGUUGGCCUCGGCAUCACGAUGCUGACAUCGCUGACAAUGACUUGCAACAGGGACGGCUGGAAGGGAAUAUCAGGUUGUCUCCGCGGUCUUCUGGAUCUUCUAGCCAGGAAGACUCGUCUUCAGAGUCAAGUCAGUCGUCGGAGUCGUCAGAAUCUAGUGAAUCUUCAGAAAGUCAAUCGUCCUCCGAGUCCUCUGAGGAAGUUCUAACCACAGAUCAGACCACCACGGAUCAGACCACCACGGAUCAGACCACCACGGAUCAGACCACCACGGAUCAGACCACCUCGGAUCAGACCACGGAUCAGACCACACCGGUCGCGGCCACCGAUGCCAUGACAAGUAUCGCUACGGAAGACGGGAGUACGUCCACCCUUGACCCAGACACAAUGAGCACAGACGAGCCAGCAGUGACAGAGACGACGCCUCCGCCAGCGUCAUCGGCCACACCUGUCAUUUCCACGUCAACUGGAUGUGUGACUGGUUGUUUUAUCGAGGACAUUCUAACGGCAGUUCCCAUCACAGAAAGCAGAGGAGACAACUAACCACAUUCCUAUUAAAGAUGUGUAAUUUUCAGGUCAUUUUUUUGUCUAUUUGCGAGAGUUAAAGUAUUAGGAUUUUCAUUUACAUGUAAAUAAAUGUCUGUUAAGUCUUUAUCUAUCACUGAAUGAGGAAAGAAAAUUGUGAUUGACCUAUGGCCCACUGAUAAAGGCCCUUGCAUUUGCAGUAUUACAAACUAGGUGUCUGUGGCGACAUUCCCGGGAAAAAUCACAAGCGGCGCUCUCUGGGAAGUGAGAUCCAAAAACACACCUGCAAUUACCAAUUAUCGCCAUAGGUGUCGCCAAAGAGAAUAAAAAAGAGAUUUUCGAGAUUGUAACUUUAAACAACCUCGGUGGGCUUCAUCAAUGCAAGAAGCAAAGAGGUCAACACAUAAGUACAGAUACUCAGUGAGGCCAAUUUGAAAUUAGAAGGUAUCACAGUAUCACUAACUGCCUUAAGACACGUGUCCUUCAAUGACCACUAGUUGCUUGAUCCAAAAAUAGUCAAUUUUUGUACAAAAGCAGAUAUUUUUAAAAACAGUUUGGUAACACUUUGUAAUAACCAUCAUUAAUAAAUGGUAAAUUGAUAGUUAAUUAAAUUUUAGUUAAUAGUUACUGUUAACAAACAAUGAAAUGAUAAUUAAUAAUGUUUACUAAUUAUUAAUAAUGCUAUAAUUUAUGUUAUUUUAACAUUAUCGUUGCAUACAUUAUAAACUAUUAUAUGCUUUGUUAAGUAUUUGUUAAUGAUUACUGAAUGAGUUGUAAACCUUUAAGAAAUUGCUUUCAAAACACCUAUAAACAUUAUAUAUAGAUAGAUGGAACAGAUAUUUGUGACAUAAUGGUUAAUAAUUUGUUUGUUACUUUGUUAAUGGUUAAUAAUUAGUUUCUGGUACAUCUAUCUAUGUAAUGUUUAUAGAUGUUUUACAAACGAUUUCUUAAAGGUUUCAUCGGUAAUCAUUAACAAAUACUUAAUAUAGUAAUAAAAUGUUAUAAUGUGUGCAACAAUAGUGUUAAUAAAUAAGUUACUAAGGUAAUCAGAAUGUAAUUGUUAUCGUCUCUUAUCAGCUAUGAUACAAUAUAUCAUUUUAAAACUAAUUAUUUCAUAUUAAAUAAAUAUUAUUAAUUAUAAUUUCAUUGGUUGUUAACAGUAAAAUAACUACAAAGUUUAAUUGACUAUCAAUUUACCAUUCAUAAAUUAUGGUUAUUAUAAGGUGUUAUGUAUGCAUUAUUUUGUUUUAAAUGUGGGUCUACAUUUAGAUGUAUUAUUGAGAUUUCAUUGAUUGCUUUUUAUGUUGUCCUACAGUGUUUUAGCCAUCGUUUGUGAAGCUACAGAGCAACUCUCUAGAGACCAGACCAUAUACACAUAUAUGUUCAUACAUGUUAAAAUUACAUAAACAAAUCUGUGGCUCAGUCAUGUUUACCUUUAAGUAUUAACUGAUCAGGAAAGUACAGGCAGGAUACAUUAGUGGAUUUUUUUUAGUGUGCGGCUCAAGCUUGUUACACAGUAAUGUACAGUACAAGUACAUAUUUCGAUUUACUGCACUGGAAUUAUACAAAAAAAAGUCAUCCUUCUGCAUGAAGCAUCCGGAGUAUGUAUCCCACAGCAGUGUGUUUAUAGACUGCGGAGGGUGUGUCUGGUUUGUGUUAUUCGGCAUGUACAGUCAGCAGACAAGAGCUAACAAGACAAGACGAGUUAUUGCCGCAGUGGGUUAGUUUAAUUAUGGGUUGAGAAUUCAUAUUUUCCCAAAUUAAAUAUAGCUGGAGGCCUGAAGACAAUACCUUAAUGUUGUCGGUUUGUUUGUUUUAACAUGUGCUGUACUUCAUUUUGUUGAACUGGAUCUAAUAUGUAUGAUUGUGUGUGUUGUAUAUAACAGUGAUGAGUUUUUUCUUCGAAAGGAAAAUAAAGAAAUCUAAAUUACAA